CUCGUGCGCACUUUAGCGCGCACAAAAGCCAUCAAAAUAGUUCAAAUUGCAGGAGCCAAGUGAAUUUUCCAUUUACUAAAUUACACGAUGGAAGUGUUAAACUUAAAAGAGGGUGAAACGGUACUAGCGGUAUGUGAAGAGGGUACAAAAUCACUCUCAGACACCACCCUUAACACUAUCACAAACCUCAAAUCACCAAAUGAGUUAUCAGGACUCACCGAGAACUCCAACGACUCGAUUCUGGUCGAACUGCCCCAGGAACAACUAACAGAGUCCUUAACCAAACAAUUGUUCAAGUUGUGCAAACCUGGGGGCCAACUGUGCAUCCACAAGGUUAAAGACUUUGACACUCUUGAGCUCAGCUUGAAAACUAGUGGGUUUACAAACGUCCGUAAUGAAAACAACUGGCUGCUUUCAAAUAAACCAAAAUACGAAAUUGGCUCUUCUGCCAAACUUAACCUUAAAAAACCGGUAUGGAAAUUGGAUGAUGCCGAUGAGGGUGAAACUAUAGACCCCGAUAAUUUGCUCGAUGAUGAGGAUUUGAAGAAACCAGACCCUUCGUCACUUAGAGUUUGUGGUACCACUGGUAAACGCAAGGCUUGCAAAGACUGCUCGUGUGGCCUUGCGGACGAACUCGCACAGGAGGCAAAGGCCGGGCAGCUUGUGGACACAACUGACGCCCCAAAAUCGUCCUGUGGCAACUGCUACUUGGGGGACGCCUUCCGGUGCGCGAGCUGCCCUUAUCUGGGAAUGCCGGCCUUCAAGCCGGGCGAAAAGAUCCAACUCAGUGACAGUCUUUUGAAGGCAGAUAUUUAAUUGAUUCCACAUCCAGCAUAUGUAUAAAUAUUCUAUUAAUAAAAGCGUUAAAUAAAUUAAUCAAA